AUGGGGCUGCCCUGGCCAGGGCUAUGGCUGAAGAGGCUCUGGGUACUUUUGCAGGUGGCCGUGCAUGUGGCCAUGGGCAAAGUGCUACUGACAUUUUUUCCAGAGAGAGUCAAGCAGCACAUCCUGGCCAUGGGCCAGAAGACUGGUAUCGCCAACAACCCCCACUUCAGCCAUGACAACUGGAUCCCAACCUUCUUCAGUACCCAGUAUUUUUGGUUCGUCUUGAAGGUCCAGUGGCAGCGACUCGAGGACAAGACUGAGCUAGGGGGUCUGGCUCCAAACUGCCCAGUGGUCUGCCUCUUAGGACAGAGGUGCAACAUCUGGGACUUCAUGCAAGGUAACAGACCACUGGUGCUGAAUUUUGGAAGUUGCACCUGACCUUCAUUUAUUUUCAAAUUUGACCAAUUCAAGAGACUUGUUGAAGACUUUAGUUCCAUAGCAGAUUUUCUCAUCAUCUACAUUGAAGAAGCACAUGCAUCAGAUGGCUGGGCUUUUAAGAACAACGUGGACAUCAGGAAUCACCAGAACCUGCAGGAGCGCCUGCAAGCAGCCCAUCUGCUGCUGGCCAGGAACCCCCAAUGCCCUGUGGUGGUGGACACGAUGCAGAACCAGAGCAGCCAGCACUACGCAGCACUGCCUGAGAGGCUCUACGUACUCCAGGAGGGCAGGAUCCUCUAUAAGGGUAAACCUGGCCCUUGGAACUACAAUCCAGAGGAAGUUCGUGUGCUUCUGGAAAAGCUCCACAGUUAA